AUUGAUAUUUUUAUUUUUUUAAUGCUACAAGCAGUACAAGCUGUUAUCUAGUAUCUACUGCUAACUUAACACGCGUAUUUUUAUUUUAUUUUGUAGUAAUUUAAAAUUUUUCCUGUUCGCUAUUAAUUUGUAGCCGAUCUGAUUUAGUUUUCGAGUUUUCGACUCUCAUAAUUCAUACCAAGUGUUGGUACAGCAACAAAAAUACUCCAAUAAUACAAUAUUAUUACACUGUGGAAAUGAAAAUUUACUGCAUCGAAAACUUCAAUCUGUUCUAAGUACUUGCACUCUCUAUUUUACAGUCAGUCAUCUUCUAUAAACUAAACAUUAUAUUAUCAAUGGAGGAGUAUUCUGAAGAAAUAUUUUGUUGUUCUCAGUGGAUUAAAAAUGGGAAAUUUGAAAAAGUAUGCAUCCAAUUACCAGACUACAUGUUGUGUAAAAGUGUAUCGAUUUCGUCUGAAUUUGAAAGACUGCUGGCUCGCCGUGUAUACAUACUCGGCGAUACAUCCUAUGGCAGCUGUUGUGUUGAUGAAACAGCAGCCCAACACAUAGCUGCUGAUUGUGUUGUUCAUUUUGGACGGUCGUGUCUAACACCAAAUAGUCAUCUUCCUGUCUAUUAUAUUCUUCCCAAACAACCACUAGACCAUGUCCAGUGUGCCAAUUCAAUAAUCAAAACCUUUGAAACUGAUGAAGGACUGGUUCUAGUAUUGUAUGAUGUGGCUUAUCAUCAUGUCCGAGACCAUUUGGCCAAAUCAUUAUCAUCUGCAAAGUCAAUUAUGGUAUCUGACAUAGAUUUAAAGGAUCAAAAUACUACUAGUUAUGCUUUAUCCAAUGACCACGAAUGUACAAGCAUAUUUGGAAGACGAUUUCAUAACUUAAAUUAUAAACAUAUUGUUUAUAUAAUACAUGAUAACUACAUGAACAACGUAGAUAGAUUUAUACUAGAGAAAAAAGAAUGUCAAGUACAUAUCUAUGAAAACAGUUGUAAUAUAUUAACCCAACGAACUUUAUCAUCAGUGAUAAAAAAAAAACAAUAUUUAAAAGAAAAGAUUAAAGAUUCUACUCAUAUUGGAAUACUCAUAUGUAGUUUAAGUAUCAAAGAUUUACUCGACCGUAUCAAUAGAGUUAAAUGUUUAUGCAAAAAGACAAACAAAAAAUGUUACAUUUUUUCUGUUGGACGUCCUAAUGUUGCCAAAUUAGCUAAUUUUCCAGAAAUUGAAAUCUUUGUGAAUAUUACAUGUGCAGAAGGUGUCAUAGAAAAUCAAAAAGAAUACAUGCAACCAAUUGUUAAUAUUGAUGACAUUGAAUUGGCUUUGGGGACUGAGAACACUAGUGAUUUACCCGAUAUAUCAUUAGUAACCAACAAAUUAAGAAACUUUACAAUGCCUAAUGAGGAAGUCGAGUUAUCUUCAGCAUUAAAUGUCAGAAAAGAUAUGUCAUUAUCAAUGGUCACUCAAAAUAGAACAUGGACUGGACUCAAUCCGCAUGACACACGACCUCCAGUUAUAAUAGCUACUGAAGGAAGAAAAGGCACACCGAGUUCUGGAUAUAUCACAUCUGAUUCAGAUCACCGUAGCUAAAGACAACAGUUAAUGAAUGUAUUUUUGAAGACGUUAACUAAUUUCUAUUUUGGUUAAUGAACUUGAAAAAAUAAUAAUGUUCAAAUUAUUGUUAUAGGAUUUGUUAUUCAAGUAAUUGUUGUUGGUAUUAAAGUAAUAAUAAUUUCUUACUUUCAAAUUAAAAAUUUUGAUAUA